CACCACCAGCAGUGUUUGUGUGUGAGUGUGAGUGUGUGUGUAUAUGCGUGUGUGCCAUAGGAUAAUAUAUUACCUGGAAACUCUUUGUUUUUUUUAAGUAAACAUGCACCCAGUCAGAGUAUCGAUCCCGUCGUUUCGUUCAGAAAACAACUCGAUCGAGAAAGGAUACACGGUGUUUAGAAUUGACGUGCUGAUGAAUGGCAGACAACACGCUGUUGAGAAACGCUACAGUGAAUUCCACGCUUUACAUAAAAUGCUAAAGAAGAGCAUAAAGCCACCUGAGAUCCCAUCCAAACAUGUUAGAAACUGGGUUCCCAAAGUGCUGGAGCAGAGGAGGCAAGGCCUGGAGCUCUACCUGCAGACUAUAAUUAUGGAAAAUGGAGUUCUUCCAAAGAUAUUCUUGGAUUUCCUCAAUAUCCGCCAUUUUCCUUCAGUGCCAAAAACAGAAAGCUGUGGGUCAUUUGAUACAGAAUCAGAGGAAUCAAGUAAACUUUCACAUCAGCCAGUCUUGCUGUUUCUCAGAGACCCCUACCUGCUGCCAUCCGCUCACGAUGCAUUUUCAAAUGUUGUGAUUGAAGGUGUGGUACAUGGAGUUUUCUACCCAGAUCUUCAGCCGAGGUAGAGCUGCAGAGCCCAAUCUGAGGGCACGUCACUACAAACAGAUGCUUCAUGUUUUCACGCUAUUUUAGGUGUGUAUCACAGAGGAUGUGACAUGUUGAGCUACACUGAGCCUCAUUUACAUUUUAAAAAGCAUAAAACAAAAAUCCAUCAUUUUGGUUAUUUUCUUUCUAUAAAUGACACCAGCACCAUCAGUUCUUCUUAAAAUAAGCAAUAUUGGCCAAUGGAUUUGAAUCCUAAGAAAAAUAUCUUAGCAACAACUUGUCAGCUUUAAAAUGGCAGAUUAACUUGAUUGAUGCAUUAGAAUCAAACUAAUUAAGUAAAGACUAAAAUAUUAUUUUCUGAUUAUACCUAAUAAAUUAACUUAUUUAUAUUUUUUUUCCUUCUUUCCUAAGAAAGUAAUGAGUGAAAUUAACAUAAAGGAUCAGCUGGAAAUAGAGAGAAGAGGAAGAUCAAAGUAGGAUCAACUUUGAGAGCUUUAAAUAAAUACCAGAAGUUGAAACUGAGGGGAACCAGAAAGGAAAUGCUGAUGCAAGCUGGACUGAAGGUUAGUUUUUCCAGACACAGAGGGGGCCUGUAAAGACAAAGCACGGGGCUGGAGUUUAGAGCUGGAUCGUGUCCCGCAAACAGGGAUGUGCGCCUCCCUUUGUAGCUCCAGCACUGUGGUUUUUAAAUUUGUCCUGAGCUGCCACAUUGAGUCAUCCGAAGGGGAGCGUGGACGAUUUACAGUGUGUUUGUGCAUUCUGGUGGAGUUGACAGCUAUGUGCUACAUGUAAGGCUGGAAAUGAUGAGAUGUGAUUUGGACCUCAUUUAUUGAGCAUAAGAUGUUUGUGAAGGAGUCCUACAGUGAGCAGUUCAGUUUGGAGCUUGAGGUUUUGAGCACAAAGCCUAUUUGAAAUGGAAACAGACAGACGGUAUGUGGCAGGACCUGUGAGAGAGGAAUGACACAUUAAGUUUGAGAGCGGUGUGAUUGGAAAAACAGACAAGACAGAGCAAUCAAAAGAGUACGCCACUGAUUUAGCUUUGCACUCCUUUUGUAUUAUCUGACUCACAAUAGUUUUAAAAAAGUUGACGCAGCAGAGUAAGAGAUAUUAUCUUCUUUUAAAUGCCAUGUAAUCUUCUUCCUCACCUGGCGCCUACAUUACCCACAAUGGCUACAACUUUUUUCACAUAUACACAUAUAUAGCCUUUUGUGUGUAAAAUAAGUGAAGUUCCCCUUUAAGAGAGGAUUAAGGCAAGCUCGAGGGUGCUUCUCCAUUUCUUAUUUAUGUGUCAUUCCUUCCUUCACUUGCACUUCAAAAAAUGUUCAACGAAAGAUGCAAUGGUGAGAAAUGAGAACUGAUAGCUGAAUGUAAGUACUAGUCUAAUAGGAAUAAAGUCUUGCUAAAGGCCAGUAUCUAACACUACUAUGAGUCCUGUCAAGUUUAAUCUUGAAUUUUCACAUAAUAUAGAAAGCCAGUUUUUCCACUUGUGGUGAUCAGAAGUAUAGUCACCCAUCAUGAAAAGGGAUUCAAAAAUGUUUUGUUUUACAGAGGAUUUUUAAGAUGAGAGACGGUGAUUUAAAAGACUAACAACCAUUAAAACACUGUGCAAUAUGAAAUUAUAUUGUUCCUUGUGAACUACAAACAUCUCCUGAUGUGAACACUUGAAAUUACUUGUAGCGUUUGUGAAACAAUAUGUUGCAUGUCACUAUUUGGGCAGUAAUUGAUGACACUUCUUAUGUGACUGGACCUCCACUACAGCACAGUGACAGCUACAUAUUUAUACUGAAUCAAAUGAAUCCUGAGCAGGUAACCUCGACUAAACAGAUCAUGAUUUUAUGUUUUAACAAAGUAUAUCAUUUCCUAGAGAUACAUCUCAUAGAUUUAUAUGUAUUUAUAUUGUGUUACAUUGAACUGUGUGUGCUCUGACCUUGUGAAAAGUAUCAUUUAUGUGCCAUAAUGUCAACCUACAGUGAACACUGGAAUUCAACUGUAGCACUUUAAGAUGGGCGACAUGUUAAAUACUGACACCAAUAAAAUGCAUUAUUGCCAGAAACUUAU